CCAUCUUGGACCGCUGGGUCUCCGCACCGGUCGCUGGUACCGGAGGUGAGUGGAAGGUGGGCCGGGCGGCGCCGCCUGCGGUCCCGGACCUCGUCUGCUCUCGCGCUCCGCUGCGGGCCCACGAUGCCGCAGUACCAGACCUGGGAGGAGUUCAGCCGCGCGGCCGAAAAACUCUAUCUCGCCGACCCUAUGAAGGCACGUGUGGUUCUCAAAUAUAGGCAUUCUGAUGGGAGUUUGUGUAUUAAAGUAACAGAUGAUUUAGUUUGUUUGGUGUAUAGAACAGACCAAGCCCAAGACGUAAAGAAGAUUGAGAAAUUCCACAGUCAACUAAUGCGACUUAUGGUAGCCAAGGAGUCCCGCAGCGUUGCCAUGGAAACGGACUAAAUGGUUUGGAAGGAAGAUUGUCCCUUCUUUGGAAGUAAAUCUCUUUUGACUUUGACAAAAUGUUGGGAGAGAAAAUAUGUAACUAAGUGGGCUCUUCAGAAGUGGGGGAUCAUUUUUUGUACUUUUUUGGUAAUGUUUGCUUUAGAGAGCUAGGACUGUAAAUGCCUUCAGGUAGAGAGCCUUUAUUUAUUUUUGGAAAUUGGACAAGAAAUGCAUCUGUGUUGGAAACUUUUUGCCGAUUGAUGUUGGGGGAAGUAUGUAAUUAUUCCAUGGUUAAGUUUGUGUCAGUAACGUGAAAAUGAGCUAUAAAUAAAAGCCAGUUCUUCCUUAAAUUUAGUGGAUCUGUCUGUAAAAGAAAAUGAACUGCACACAUUUUACUGGAUUGAUAGGUUUCUUUUGGAGCAUAAAACUUGUGCCGUUGAAGACCCACGGCCAUCGAGUACGGUGACUGGAAUUCCUGUGUACAGCACCCAGCUGUGUGGAGAGGCAUCUCUGCCAGAUCUACAAAUAAUCAUGGAAACAAGCGUGCUUGGCCUAAAUGGUCCAGAUUUAACCUGUAUUUUUCAACAUAAGGGGUCUGCAGUAUCAUUCGCUUGGUGACCAAAUACUUGCUUUGAAUCCAGCCCUCAGUGCCCGAAAACAACUGUGGUUACUUCACGCGCAUGAUUGCUGACGUGCUGCGGCCACCGUGUUCCAGAUGUAUUUGCCACACAUUUCCCGUCUACGUUUUCUCAAAAGAGCUAACGGUGAUUUGACCUGUGGAGCCUUGCAGAUGUCCCUGCUGCCGCUGUCCAUCUCUCCCUUAACCAGGAUGUUAAGCAUGACUGUCAUGAUGUUAUGGUUUCCAUUAAACCUGAAGAGCCAUGUUAUUUGAUACUUACUAUGUAAUCGUAACCUAAGUUUCACUGCCUAAAUGUUCACAUGUUGCUUUCUGCAUUAAAAUAUUUUGGUUAGGAAUUUGUCAUUAGCCAUAUGACUUUUUUCAUGUUUCUGAGAAGUGCAUAAAAUAUUAUAUGGAUAUAUGUUGUUUCUCUUGGAGUUUUUAACUUUUCAAGAUUUACUGGUUUCUUGACUGGAAUAUACUAUAUUCAUUUAGUCUAAAAUAAGCCUGAUACUAUAGGUCACUUUUUUUUGUCAGUACCUUUUAUUACAUGACUUUCUGUGAAGAUGUAGGUUGAU